AGCAGCAACAUCAGCAGCAGCAGCAGCAACAACAACAAAAUUCUAACAACAAUGCUGCAAGACACCAUCAAGAGAUGCAGAAAUCAAACCAAAUAAUAUUCCCGCAGCAAACUCAGAACGGCAAUGCUCAUCAAGGUCACCCAUCGCCGCCAACCGUUAGUUCGACACAACACCACUAUGCUACCAUCAAUUCACCAAUUAAAGUGCCGCAAGUUAGUUCAAGCACCGGAGGACCUGACAGCACGUUUACUGUACCCGAUGACGUAGGCAUGGGAUUUGAAGGAGGCGUUCGAGUUUUACAAAGUCUCGGCAAUUGUUCGUUUGAUUUCGCCAGGUCACCAGAAGUAACACACAAUAUACCUCGCCCGAACUUGAUACCUUUUACGGAACCAUAUGCUGAAGGAGGAUCCAUGCAUCCAGGGACUAGAUUAAAAGCAUUGCAAACUACAUCUGUCAGAAAGCAUCCUGCUAUAAAAGCUACUAGCUCUACCAGUGAAGGAAGCAAAGCGUUCGAGUGCACUGUUUGCGGUAAAGGCUUAGCUCGUAAAGAUAAGUUAACGAUACAUAUGAGAAUACAUACAGGGGAGAAACCGUACGUUUGCGAAGUGUGUAACAAAGCUUUCGCGCGUAGAGACAAACUAGUGCUACACAUGAACAAACUGAAGCACAUAACGCCGUCGAACAUAGCACCUUUAGGUAAAAGAACCAUCACAAUACCACCCUUAAAACUAGACGACGUGAAGCCUCAACUGACCAAGCAGGAGGACACUAAGCCGAGUCAGGCAGAGAUCGCCGCGGUGGCGGCAGCGCAGCAACAGCAACAGCAGCAGCAACAGCAACAACAGCAACAGCAACAGCAGCAACAACACUCACACCAGCAGCCGAUCCAGGUGUGCCAGGUACCUGGACACAACUUUACGAAUACAAACCUAGUCCACACAAGUGCAGCUUCAGCCGCGGUGGCUGCAGCGACUGCUGGCAUGGUGGUGUCGUGGUCGUGUGAGCUGUGCGGUAGACUGUUUGCUACCAGGGAUGAAUGGAGUGCUCACGCUAAGUCGCAUCUUCCUGACACCAAGCUUCUACAGGACAAGAUGCAGCAGGCUUCGCAACAUCAGCAACAAGAGAAGGUUCAUCUAUCAAAUCAGGAGAAGCUGCAACUACUUCACCAUCACAAUCAGAACCAGCAGAUCCUAAAUGGCCAUGGUAUUGCGACAGCUUCGGUAUCCACGGCAACGGUUGUUAACGAAGGAGGUGGCGGUGGCGGGGGAGGGGCGUACUUCACACAUGGACACAAUCACUAUGCUCCUGAGAGACCACCACAUGGCCACGCCCAUCAUCUUUGUCUCAUGUGCAGACAAGAGUUCGCUGGCAAGGCAGAAUUCAUGUUCCAUGUAAGAGGCCACUUCGAAGGCAAAGUGAGUGACAUCGCAGCAGCUGACGUGUUAGCCCGUUCUCUAGUAGAUAAUUCUGGGCUGUGUACCUGAGCCCCGCCAACGCCCCUCAGCGCUUUCCACACCGACUGUAAUAAGGGCGUCUUCCCUGACGAUACGAUCAUGCUGAAGUUUUAGAUCGA